AAAGAACCCCUGUUGCAGAGAAGUCUGAAAGCAUGUACAUUUUGAUAGGCCCCUACAAGCAAAACCAAAACACAUGCAACAUAAACAAAGGCACUACCUGCAACCGAAGUCAGCCAUGGCUGGCCUCACCACUUCCUCCUUCUUCAACCUCUCCCUCCAUCUCCUCCUCCUCCUCCUCCUCGCGACCGCGACCUCGGAUUGCCGCGCCGAGCCCGACCGCGGAGCUCUCUUCAUCUUUGGCGACUCGUUCCUCGACGCCGGCAACAACAACUACAUCAACACCACCACUCUCGACCGGGCGGAUUUCUGGCCUUAUGGAGAGACCUACUUCGAGUCCCCGACCGGGCGGUUCUCGGACGGCCGCUUGGUGUCAGAUUUCAUUGCAGAGUAUGCAGAGCUGCCAUUAAUUCCACCGUAUCUUCAACCUGGGGUCCAACAAUGGAGGUAUGGAGUGAACUUUGCAUCUGCAGGCGCUGGUGCUCUAGUGGAAACAUUCCAAGGGUCGGUGAUUGAUCUCAAAACGCAAUUGAGUUACUUCAAGAAGGCAGAGACCCAAUUGAGACAAGAGUUGGGCAAAGGCAAAGCAGAGUGGACAAUAUCAAGAGGAGUUUACAUGUUCAGCAUAGGAAGUAAUGAUUACAUGAGCCCUUUCUUGACUAACUCCACCAUCCUGAGCUCUUACUCCAAAUCGGAGUAUGUGGGAAUGGUGAUUGGCAAUUUGACAACAGUUAUCAAAGAGAUAUAUGGAAUAGGGGGAAGAAAAUUUGGGUUCAUCAACCUACCUCCAUUGGGGUGUCUUCCAGGAAUGAGGAUAAUCAAAGCAGAGAAGAGAGGGAGGUGCUUGGAAAAAGCUUCAUCACUAGCAAAGUUGCACAAUCAUGCUCUCUCUAAACACCUAGUGAAACUUGAGCAUCAGCUCGUAGGUUUCAAAUAUUCCCUCUAUGACUUCAACAGCAAUCUCAGAAAGAGAAUGAAUCACCCCCACAGAUACGGUUUCAAGGCAGGGAAAGUGGCAUGCUGUGGAACAGGAAGAUACAGAGGAGUCUUCAGCUGUGGAGGGAAGCGGAUAGUGAAGGAGUUUGAGCUGUGCAAGAGUCCCAGUGAGCAUGUGUUUUGGGACUCUUUCCAUCUAAGUGAGAGGGCUUAUGAACAAGUAGCACAUCAGAUAUGGAGUGGAGAUGGCACUCAUUCUAGUUCGAGCCCUUAUAGUCUGAAAAAUCUCUUUGAGGGCCUUUGAUUGAAGGUCUUUGACCUUAGAAGGUGACCCUUUAUUCCAUCUUAGAUCAUUGACGCCUCAAUCUAGCUGCCUUCCAAUGGCAAAGGUUCAGUGUCUCUGUCAGAUCAAUGGGGGGAAAAUGUGGAGGGCAUAAUAGAGAGAGGGGGAAAUUACAGAUAAGGAAAUUAACUUGUAGAACCAAUUAGAUACUUAUUCUUGAUGUGUUGAAAUAGGCCAAUUAUUUCUCGCAACUGUUAUAAAUGAACUGUGAGGGAUAGCUCAGUCGCGAAAUCUUGCAUCAAUCUGCUUCCGCAAUUUGUUUUAGAACACUUUGUUUGCGAACAA